GAUUUAUCCCACAUGUGCACAUUGCAUUGGUAACAGUUGGAUAUACCUUCAGCUUACUUGUAGUUCAAGAACAUGGAGAGGGAAACCUUGGAGUGUUUACAAGAAGAGUUAUUGAAGAGGCUUGAUGCUUAUGGAGAAAGUGUUAUGGACAAUAAAGAUUAUGAGGACAGAGUAAAGAGAGCAAGGAAAUUUAAAAAGAGGAAGAUGGUUUCCGAAGAUGAGGGUGAGAGUAGUGAAAAUGUGACAAAAAGAAAGAAACGAAAAAAGAAGAAACUUGCUAAGGAGAAUGAAAGCUCAUCAAGUGGAAAAAAGGAGGCAGAAGUUGAGCAACCCAAAUUUACUGGAAAAGAAAAACGAAAACAAGAACUGAAAGAAAAACUUGGUUUAGAUGACAUGUACACAGGUUUGGAAAAGUGCCAAGACUUGAAGGAGAAAGAGGAAAUGACUUCAUCAGAUUCAAAAGUUGUAGUGUAUCAAAGACCAAAAUCCAAAAAGAAAGAGGAAAAGAAGAUGGAUUCAGGUGAAAAUUCAGAAGAAACUUCUGGCUCUGUUAUUGAUCUUAAGUCAGCAAGGUUAGAUGUUCAGAAAUUUGGAAUCAAGGGAUUCAGUGAGGAUAAAAAGGACACAGCUAUGGAAGCUCUGCUGGUAAAACUUGGGGCCAAACCCAAGAAAAACAAGGCAUACAAUUACAAAGAGUAUCAAGAAAUAGUGAAAAGACAGAAAGUUGAAGAAAGAGAAAAGAGGGAAUUAGACAGAAAACUUGGAUACAAGGUCAAGAAGAAAAUUAUGGCACGGAAGAAGGAUCGUAACGAUGUGGGGCGAGUGGACGGACAAGUUGGGAAAUACAAACAUGGCGUUCAAUUUGUGACCAAAAAGGACCUGCAACCGGGUGGAAAGCCUGGCAAAAAGAAACGAAAGAAAAAGUUCUAGAUGUUACUGGUGUAUUGAGAGGAUUAGUUUGGGAAUAAAAUUAUAACUAUUUUAUUAUAAAUAACUGUAAGCUAUAGUUGUUUUUUAUUUUUUUCCUAACUUAUUUUGGUUGCAUUUUUUGACAUUUAGCAUAAUAGACAUUGAACUCGCAUCAAAAAAUGGUAAGAAUUGGUAUCGAUUUUACAUUUAUGAGACUAUUCUAAAUCCAUUUUAAUGCUAUGUAUUCCUCCAUACAUGUAUGUCUCCAUUCACUGACUAGAAUGGCUUAUUCAAACAAAAUCAUUCUGAA